GCAAUUGAAGUACUCCAACCAGUAACACUUGGAGAUGGACAACUUAUCGUAAGCACAUAGCUGGCUUUAACUUGUCUAAAUUACAUAACUAGUUGCACUUUGUAGUAUUUCCCUUCUCAUUCAUCUAUAAAAUUCCUCCACGCCUAGUCAUUUUGGUACCACCUAUCUCCUUCUCGUGCUCUAAAAAUGAGCAACCUUAACGACGAAAACCGGCAACCAUUAUUGUUGGCAGAGGCGGCCUCUGCCAACUGGUUGCCGGACGACGAUGAUAAGGAUUUGAAAACAAGAGUGUGGAUCGAAACCAAAAAAUUAUGGCACAUCGUUGGUCCAGCCAUUUUCAGUCGUAUAGCUACGUAUACCAUGAAUGUUAUAACUCAAGGUUUUGCUGGUCACCUUGGUGAAGUUGAACUUGCUGCUAUAUCCAUUUCUAAUACCGUCAUUGUUGGACUCAAUUUUGGCCUCCUUUUAGGUAUGGCAAGCGCAUUAGAAACGUUAUGUGGGCAAGCAUAUGGAGCAAAAAAGCACCACAUGUUAGGAAUAUACAUGCAAAGAUCAUGGAUCGUUCUAAUCCUCUGUUGUUUCGCUCUACUUCCAAUGUACACAUUUGCCACCCCAAUUCUAAAAGCAUUGGGUCAACCAGACGACGUUGCAGAGUUAUCAGGGAUAGUGUCAUUAUGGUUUAUUCCCCUACAUUUCAGCUUUGCAUUUCAGUUUCCUAUACAGAGGUUCCUUCAGAGCCAGCUGAAAACCGUGGUUAUCGCCUGGGUUUCGUUGGGGGUGUUGGUGAUACACACGUUGAUCAGUUGGUUGUUUGUGUAUAAACUGGAUUUUGGGAUUGUUGGGGCUGCUGUAGCAUUGGAUAUAUCGUGGUGGUUGUUGUUUAUUGGGUUGUUUGUAUAUGCUGCUUGUGGUGGAUGUUCAGAAACGUGGAGUGGGUUUUCUACACAAGCGUUUUCUGGACUUUGGGAAUUUUUUCUACUCUCUGCGGCUGCUGGGGUUAUGCUUUGCUUGGAGAACUGGUAUUAUAGGAUAUUGAUGUUGAUGACUGGUUAUCUGGAGAAUGCAACUCUAGCUCUUGAUGCGUUGUCCAUUUGCAUGAAUAUAAAUGGUUGGGAGAUGAUGAUACCACUUGCUUUCUUCGCUGCCACCGGAGUGCGAGUAGCGAAUGAGCUUGGUGCUGGAAGAGGAAAGGUAGCAAAAUUCGCAACGAUUGUAUCAGUGAUACAAUCCAUAAUUAUUGGGCUAGUAUUUUGUGUGCUAAUAAUGAUAUAUCAAGAUAAAUUUGCUCUAAUCUUCUCAUCAAGCCUUGAUGUCCUAAAAGCUGUAAAGAAGAUCUCUUACCUUCUUGCCUUUACCAUUCUUCUAAACAGUGUUCAACCUGUUUUAUCUGGGGUUGCAGUUGGAUCAGGAUGGCAAUCGAAAGUUGCUUAUAUUAAUUUAGGUUGCUAUUACCUUGUUGGAGUCCCUCUUGGAAUUCUUAUGGGAAUGGUUUUUCACACUGGUCUUGAGGGAAUGUGGGCAGGAAUGAUUUUUGGAGGGACAGCUUUGCAAACACUAAUACUGAGUUUUAUAAUAUAUCGUUGUGAUUGGGAAAAAGAGGCUAAAAAAGCUAGAAUGCAUGUUGAUAAGUGGUCCGAACCACCUCCAGUUAGUCAAUUGUAGAUGGUGAUUUUUCUUUUUUUGAUCAAGAUUGAUAACUUUUUUUUAUUUCGUUGCUAUUUUAUCUUUUAAGAAACAAUCAUGGUGUAUUUGUGCAAGGGGAUUUUUUCUUCAAUAAAUAAAUCAAGAUUAGUGCGAGUAUCAAGUUACACUGUUUAUGAUUUGGUUCCCCUAAACAGUUGACAAAAUUUUAUUUUCUUGUCCCUUUCUUAUAGAUAGAACAAUUUUGUUUGAAUGGUUGGUAUGUAUUGUUUCAUAAUGUAUGCAUUGUAUUGUAUGUAUUAUAUUAUAUUGUUUUAAUGAAUACAACGUUCGGGUAGAUUAUA